AUGCACUCUCCCUCACGUGCACUCUCCCUCACGUGCACGCUCCCUCACGUGCACGCUCCCUCACGUGCACUCUCGCUCACGUGCACUCUCCCUCACGUGCACACUCGCUCACGUGCACUCUCCCUCAUGUGCACGCUCGCUCACGUGCACUCUCCCUCACAUGCACGUUGGCUCACGUGCGCUCUCCCUCACGUGCGCUCUCCCUCACGUGCGCUCUCCCUCACGUGCACUCUCGCUCACAUGCACUCUCCCUCACAUGCACGCUCCCUCAUGUGCACUCCCCUCACGUUUCCUCCUACUCCUCUCAGCUCCUCCUGCUCCUCUCAGCUCCUCCUGCUCCUCUCAGUUCCUCCUACUCCUCUCAGCUCCUACUACUCCUCUCAGCUCCUCCUGCUCCUCUCAGUUCCUCCUACUCCUCUCAGCUCCUACUACUCCUCUCAGCUCCUCCUGCUCCUCUCAGCUCCUCCUGCUCCUCUCAGUUCCUCCUACUCCUCUCAGUUCCUACUACUCCUCUCAGUUCCUCCUGCUCCUCUCAGUUCCUCCUACUCCUCUCAGCUCCUACUACUCCUCUCAGCUCCUCCUGCUCCUCUCAGCUCCUCUCAGUUCCUCCUACUCCUCUCAGCUCCUACUACUCCUCUCAGCUCCUCCUGCUCCUCUCAGCUCCUCCUGCUCCUCUCAGUUCCUCCUACUCCUCUCAGCUCCUACUACUCCUCUCAGCUCCUCCUGCUCCUCUCAGUUCCUCCUACUCCUCUCAGCUCCUACUACUCCUCUCAGUUCCUCCUACUCCUCUCAGCUCCUCCUGCUCCUCUCAGCUCCUCCUACUCCUCUCAGCUCCUCCUACUCCUCUCAGCUCCUCCUACUCCUCUCAGCUCCUCCUGCUCCUCUCAGCUCCUCCUGCUCCUCUCAGCUCCUUCUACUCCUCUCAGCUCCUCCUACUCCUCUCAGCUCCUCCUACUCCUCUCAGCUCCUCCAUCUCCUCUCAGCUCCUCUUACUCCUCUCAGCUCCUCCUACUCCUCUCAGCUCCUCUCAGCUUCUUCUGCUCCUCUCAGCUCCUCCUGCUCCUUUCAGCUCCUCCUGCUCCUCUCAGCUCCUCCUGCUCCUCUCAGCUCCUCCUACUCCUCUCAGCUCCUCUUACUCCUCUCAGCUCCUCCUACUCCUCUCAGCUCCUCCUGCUCCUCUCAGCUUCUUCUGCUCCUCUCAGCUCCUCCUGCUCCUCUCAGCUCCUCCUGCCAGCUCCUCCAUCUCCUCUCAGCUCCUCUUGCUCCUCUCAGCUCCUCCUGUUCCUCUCAGCUCCUCCAGCUCCUCUCAGCUCCUCUCAGCUCCUCCAGCUCCUCCUGCUCCUCUCAGCUCCUUGUGCUCUCAGCAGGAGGAUCAAGGUGAUCGGAGGAGUGAAGGAGCAGAGCGGAGAGGAGUUUGGAGUCUACGUCAAGCGCAUUCUCCCCGGAGGACUGGCAGCGUGUGACGGGAACCUCCUCCCCGGAGAUCAGAUCCUGGAGGUGAAUGGGGACAGUCUGGUUGGAGUGACCAGUGACAGAGCUGUGGACGUCUUGAGAUCGGCCUCUGCAACCAAUCACAUGAGACUGCUGAUCGCUCGAGACGAGGAGGCCAAGAGAGAGUUUGCGGAGCUCAUGGAGAAGUACGGCUCCAACGGCAGCACUGGCUCCACACGGAACUCCCCCAUCCAGCAGAGCACGGACCCCCAGGGGACCCAGCCCUCGGGCCCCGCCAAGACCCCCAACGGUACCCAGCCCACCCCUGCCCCCAACGGUACCAAACUCAACCCUACACCCAACAGUACCCAGCCCAACCCUACACCCAACGGUACCCAGCCCAACCCUACACCCAACGGUGCCCAGCUCAACCCUACACCCAACGGUACCCAGCUCAACCCUACACCCAACGGUACCCAGCUCAACCCUACACCCAACAGUACCCAGCCCAACCCUACACCCAACAGUACCCAGCCCAACCCUACACCCAACGGUACCCAGCCCAACCCUACACCCAACGGUACCCAGCCCAACCCUACACCCAACGGUACCCAGCCCAACCCUACACCCAACGGUACCCAGCCCAACCCUACACCCAACAGUACCCAGCCCAACCCCUACACCCAACCCUACACCCAACGGUACCCAGCCCAACCCUACACCCAACGGUACCAAACUCAACCCUACACCCAACGGUGGGCGGUACCUGGACAGCACCUCCUCCGGCUCCUCCUCCCGCUCCCAGAGUCCUCUGCUCCUCAGUCCAGGCUCCACACAGAGCAGUGGACCCCUGCUGAGGUCACUCAGGUGGGUACCAGGGGUCAGGGGUCAGAGGUCAGGGAAAGGAGAGGGUCUGAAGGUAAAGGAGACAGUAGUGAGAGAGUCUGA